AUGGGUUCCCGGCACAACACCGACGAGCUUAUGGGCGAAGAGGAGCUCGAUGCCUCCUUCUCGGUCGACUCAUUUUUCGCCGAAGAAGCUGCCACACCUGCUGUCUCGGCUCCUCCCCCCGCUAAGCGCGUCUGUGCUGCCGGAUCCUCCAGUUCUGCGCCUGUGGCUCCCCCUGUGGCUUCGGUGUUGCCGCCUGUCACCCCGGUAACGGCUCCCAUGGCUGGUCCCUCCACGGCAGCGCCUGCUCCCUCGGCGUCUACCCAGGAUGCUAACCCUGUUAUUGCCCUUGCUAUUACCGGUUGUUACUCACGUCUUCGACGUAACCGUGACUCUGUGGGAGUUGUUGUUGCGGCCCUCGCCCGCGACACUGAUGCUGUUGUUGUUCUUCUCUUCCCUAAGGCCCUGGAAGCCCAUCGCAGCCGGAUCAUCACCCGCGUCCGUAGCAUCCUCCGCGGGCGUGAUUUCGCUGGUGGUCGCGUCCCUGUGUUCGAAGCAUCUGCUGGUGAUCUCCUGCGCCUUCCCCGCAAGUCGUACUGCCGCCACACAAUUCAGUGGCCGACGGUUGACGAUGCGAAUCGCUUCAAGCGCAUGCUCCCGAUCACAUACCGCUCCUCCGAAGGACCAACGGCCGAAAUCAAGGUUUUCCAGGAUCCUGCCCCGGACUUCUCGGCGGCCAAGGCCCGCGGCGAGACGGUUCUGAUUCUGCGCAACGUUCCUGUGGGGUUUGCUGUCCGCACGCUCCACUUCUUGCUGAUGACUAGCUCCACGGAGGGGGUUCGCUGGCUUGGUGACCUUCUUUUCUUCCACAAGCUAUUUGAUCCUUACGAGGAAUCAUUCUUACCUCAGAUGCUUGGCAUUGCUAUUGCCUCCCCUAACGACCCCCUCUUUGAAGCCAUCCCUGCUGUCAUAUGGGUGCCAGGAGUUCAGGAACCUAUCCUGGUGAAUGUGUCUUCGCACUCAUGCGCUGUGUGCACUAGUAACCAUCGUACGCGCGACCACAGCAGCUUCGCUGCAGUGAGGAGGAACCGCAUCGCUAAUCCGUACCUCAUCACCAUGAGGCAGCUCCAGAAUGUUAAUGGUAACUAUUUCCAUUGCCGCUCCCUACCUGCCCCCCUGCCUUUUACACCCAGGAUCAUUGGCCAGCACCCCGUAGUGGCUUCCUUCAAGGCCGACCCUGGUACCUUCUUCAUUGGGACGGAUCUCGAGGUGGAAGUCUGGUCUUGCGCUCUGUGCUCUUUCUGCUGCGGUUGGGCUUUGGACAGUGUGAUGGAGCAUAUUGCCAGCCCCGCUCAUCAGAACGCUAUCCAGCUGGCUUCUGGCAACAUCACGCCCCUGGAGGAGUACGGGGAUGUGAAAGCCCAUGUUUUCAAUCAGAACGGGACGAUCGCCACCUUCCUUGUGCAGGGUUAG